GCAGCCUCGGUUGAUGCUGGCGUGUUAUUUAAUCACAUUUGUCUCGGGUUCAGGGUAGCAGCCUGGACAAGGUGUGCGUUUCUUCCUGGUUCCUGGGGGUGUGUGUUGUCGGCACGCACUGUGGGCUCUCUCCUGUGGCAUGAGGAACCACGGUGCGUGGAGUGCACGUUUGAGUUGCCACCUCCUAUUAAAGGAGCCAUUGCUUUGUCCACAUUUUCGUUGGUCAUUAACAGCUGGGCGCAUUGCUUCGCAGAGGGCUCCCUCUGCUGGUGCGUUUGAUGCACUGCACGGGACUGACUCGACCUGUUCUGGUUGAUAUGGUGGGAAAAAAAUGGCAGACUGUGGAAACGGCUGUUCACAGGGGGCAGAAACAUACCAGACCUGUUGUGAGGGUCACGAUGUCCAAAACUAUCAGUUCUACUUGGAAAAGUCCGGGGAGCACGAGGCCAUUCUCCAGUACUUUCAAAAGCUCCUACCAGAGGAAUUUAAAAGAAUUGGAGCAGGUAAAAGCUGCCUGGACAUUCUUGGCGUUGGAAGUGGUGGAGGGGAGCUGGAUGUGAAGCUGCUCUCUCUGCUGCAGUCCGCCUUUCCUGAUGUCCUCAUCACUGUGGACGUUUUAGACAGCAGUACUGAACAAAUCAAAAACUUCAAAGCAUUGGUAGCAAAGUCUUCCAACCUUCAGAAGAUCCCAUUUGCUUGGCACAUCAUGACAAGUGAUGAGUACCAGAAACAAGUCCAAGCCACGGGAGACGCAAAGAAGUUUGACUUCAUACAUAUGAUUCAGAUGAUCUGCUGUGUCAGCGACCUUGACCAAACAAAGUUCUUCCGCAGCCUCCUGAAAGACAACGGCAUGGUUAUGAUCGUUGUGGAAGGAGUUGACAGUGGUUGGGACAUCCUGUGGAAUAAAUGUGGGAACGAGCUAGUCCUAAAUGCGUCAGAUUACUUCACAGGGAGAGAUGUCAUUGCCUAUGUCAAGAGCCAGAGCCUGAAAUACGACAAAUACAUCAUCCCCAACACUUUUGACAUCACCGAUUGUUUCGAUGAAGGCAAUGACGCAGGACAACGUCUGCUGGAUUUCAUAAUUGAUGAGAAUCAUUUCCCCCAGUCCAUCACCCCAGAGUUCAGGGCCGGCAUCCGAGACCUUCCCAGGAACACGUGUAGCACUGAGAAAGACAGCAGGGUGACGUUCAAGAGCCAUCUCAGCUGUGUACCUAUUUAUGCCUAAAUGGAACCUCACCUGUGGAGCAGGGGGGAAUGGAAUACUAUGUUAAAAUUGUUUCCAGUCUAUUUAGCGCAUAAACAUUUACUUUGUAUGUCAAAAUCAAUGAAUACAAACUAGGCUUAUGAGCUGACAUUUGUCUUGUGUUUUGAUUGGACUUGAUGGACCCAGUUUAGACCCGACUAUACUGUGUGAAGUCAAUAAGCUACAUAUUGUAUUGUAUUUAAAAUGCAAACAGUAUCACGUGCUAACAUUCUGUCUUUUCUGAUUAUCUGUUCAAUGUCCAGCAAAAGACAGAGAUUUCAGUGAAAUGUCACGGAGUGGUAGCCCUCAAGUCUGCCAAGAGCUGAUUCACUUCUGGUGUAGAUCCAGAUCAAGGAGUGCAUCCUUUAAUGGAUCUGGGUCACAACUUCUGUCUUAACUCCUUCAGAUCUGGACUUUGAUGCUUCAGUUGACUUAAUUUGCUUUUAGUCUUGCCUUUGAUCACUGAACCAGUUUCAUUUGGUUGUAAUUUCACCUGUUGAAGAAUAAGGAUCAAAGGUCAAGGUCCACCUUUGAUCCUCAUUCUUUUGCAACCUCCUCUUCAAAGUUCAGUGAUCUGUGAUCCAAAUCAAAGAUGAGUGUUUUGGAUCAAAGAUUAAACAUCAAGAUCAAAGGGCAGGUUGAAUGAUCAGCAAUGAAAGAUCAAUAAUUCAGUCAUCAGGACCAAAGGGCAUGAUCAAAGAUCAGCAAUCAAAAAUGAGUGCCCAGGAUCAAAGAGCAGAUCGAAAGGUCAACAGUUAGGGUCUAAGAAUGUGACAGA